UUCCGCCCCUCAAUACCUACUGUCGUGCAUUGGAAAUCACCCCUCAAUCCAUGCCUUGAACGUCAAGGAGACAGUCGACGGUCGAAACAACGAAUACAAAAAAUGUCCAAAGAGGAGCAGUUUGAUGGAAUGCUGUUGGCCAUGGCCCAGCAGCAUGAGGGAGGUGUCCAGGACCUCUUGGAUACAAUAUUCAGUUUCUUGGCGAGGAAGACGGACUUUUACACCGGUGGAGGAUCUGGAGCAGCGGAAAAGUUAGUUAAAAGUAAAUUCGAAAAAUACCAGUCUACGGCUAUGCAGAAGUAUGAAGACGAGAAGAUACAAAGACUGCAAAAGGAGAAGAAACAUAAAGAACGCAUUGAAAAAAAGAAACAGGAAGAAGCUGCAGCUCUUCUCGUGAAUGAAGUGGACAUUGGAGAUGAUAAAAUCGUGGAAUUGACCGAUGAACAGGCUGAGAAGCUUCAGAAGGAGAUAGAUAAUAAGCAUGCCCCAAUUAUCGAACCCUCGCUCUCAGGACCGAGCACAAGUUCUACAAGCCUGCCCGAGACUCCCGAUAAAAUGGAAGCAGUUGAUGAGGAAGAGGAUGAAGCAGACAAAGGGAAGCUGAAACCCAACACUGGAAAUGGUGCAGAUCUCCCUGACUACAGAUGGACACAAACUCUGCAAGAGGUCGAGAUAAGAGUGCCACUCAAAUCCACGUUCAAUGUGCGACCCAGAGAUGUGUCCGUGACAAUCGGAAAGAAGCAUCUCACCUGUGGUAUCAAAGGUCAACCCCCAAUAAUUGAUGGAGAUUUUCCCUAUGAGGUUAAACUUGAAGAAUCCACCUGGGUUAUCGAAGAUGGAAAAAUGCUACUCAUAAAUUUGGAAAAGAUCAACAAAAUGCAAUGGUGGGCCCAAGUAGUGACCUCUGAUCCUGAAAUAAAUACAAAGAAAGUGAAUCCAGAGCCUAGCAAAUUGUCUGACCUCGACGGUGAGACACGUGGACUCGUUGAGAAAAUGAUGUACGAUCAAAGACAAAAAGAGUUGGGUCUACCGACGUCUGACGAGCAGAAGAAGCAGGACGUAAUAAAGAAAUUCAUGGAACAGCAUCCUGAAAUGGAUUUCUCAAAAUGUAAAUUUAAUUAACUUCGAGGUGUGAGUUUGAACAUUGACAAGGUUCAAUGAAUUAUCCAAAGGAGAGUAAUUGAAGCAAAUUACGCAUUUUUUUUACAUUCUUGCAAACUUUCGUCGUUGAAUAAAAUUUCAUUUCGAUUAA